GAAAGAACGUCAUCCGCAUUUUCGGGGAAAGCACCGAGCAGGGACAACACAAUGGAGGAGAUCAACAACGCAGUUGAAGAUGGCUUCAAUACAAACCCAGGAAAGGAAAGUUCUAAACGUGUUCAUCUUUUCAACUGUGAUAAAACGUACAAUUUAGACUUGGUAGAGAAAUUGUUUUGCGACAUCGGAAAGAAACUAAGCUUCGACAUACAGUUACCGAUCGGUAAAAGUUAUUUUCCAAUGCCCAAGAUGUCUGAGAUGUGUGAGACUACCAUUCCUAAACUACAAAUGGAUGUUGCCAUUUUUGUCGUUCAUGCUCACGAAUCUCGGCUCUCGAUUAACGAAGACAACGCUGGAAUUGGUUACGCGAAGAUCUACAGAGCGUUACUGAAGGCCACGGUAGACGAAAAUGUCCUUAUUGUUAUCGGCGGAGAUGACCAAUACAGUAAUACGAAUGAAGAGGAAAGAUCUGUCAUUUCACGUUGGGCCAGAGGGAAGAUUUCCUCACAGUUUAAAGAAGAGUUCAUGGAUGGUAGAAGGAGCUUUAUUUUUUCUUGGAACAAAAAACACAGAGCAAUUCACGAGGAAGCGCUGCUGCAUUACUUUGAUCCAUGCAAGAAAGGACAGAAAUUUGAAUAUCAGCCAAGAAUUUCCCCAGAAGUAUCCACCGAAGGUAAAGAAAAUGAAUCAGAAAACAAGAAAAUGCCAGGAGAGGGCGAUGAUAGAUAUCAGGAACAAGAAGUUGAACAUAACGCAGACAGGCACGCCGAAAGCUCUUCUGGCGUUGAAAAGAACAGAGAAGCGCCCGGAACGCUAAUUACGCCGAAACAAAGACCUGAUGUGGAAGAUGACAAAGGAAUGCCUGAGGAGGAAACACAGCCACAUUCGCUGCCUGCAGAUUAUGUAUAUAUUCCAGAGACAUCAAAGGAUGAAUUUGAAGUUGUUGAAAUAUCGGAAGUCGAGACUCUGCUGCUAAAGACCCGUCUGCGAUACGGACAACUCUCGGACAGAGAUGAUGAUAAGAUGGUCAGGAACGAGCAAUGGACGCCCCCAGGUGAAUUGCUAUCAAGCAUUUCUGACAGAUUUAAGGAUGUGGCUGAAGCUGAUUUGGAAAUCUACCGUAUGGAAGAGUCAGGGGUUAUCCGUGUUAAAAUCACAGACACCACCAAGAAGCCAUUCAUCUACGCAAUUAUUGAGGUUGUUUCCAGUGUAAUAACUUGGAUAAUCGAUAACACCUGGCAAAUUAUUCAGUGGGCGAGGGGUUCAGAAGCAGUAGUAGCAGGACAAUCUGAAGAAGGAUAUACUGAGGACUAAAUUCAGAAGCAACAGUAAUGGUUUUUCAAUAGCAGCAUCUGUGUGACUGUCCCAGGGCGAGACACCUAUUUGGAAGGGUCGGGAAUACUCGUCGUCUUGCGCAGGGGUGUAAAUCACAUAUUUCAGUAUUACUUAGGGUGUUCAGGACGAAACGCCACUAUUUUAAGCUGUCAAAGUAUCUUUUAGAGCGCACUUAAACAAAUAAUGAAAAAACGCUGUCAUUUAGGUGAAAUCUUGUCUUUCGGUCAUGUAGCUCGAGUCGCGCCCACAUCCGCGGUCUUUUCACAUGGGAGUCCCCUACGAGGAAUGGUCUUGACGAAAGCUCUUUUAAUAUAGAUAAAAACUGAGAUGAAAAUUGAUGGAUUAAGACAACUGCACAGGCAAACUUGCUAGACUGCAGCGAUCGCUUUUGAUUGAUCAUUACAGUGAUUGCAAUCUGUGAUUAACUGGAGUGAUUAUUUAACACUGAGGAACUGGAAUUAGUGAACUAUUAUCCAAAUCUGUGAGGUGCUUCAAAUUGUUUCUUGUUAAUUGCUUUAUAUAUCAUAAUCAGAUAGUCUGAAGUGUCAGCCAUCUUCUUCGCACUUAACCGCCCAGUGGCCCGGACAAGCCUGCGAGGAGAGCGGUUGACGUUUGAGACGGUUGACGUUUCAGACUAACGAUUAGAGAAAUUUUAUAAUAAGGAAAUCACGGUCAGCAUCUCCUCCACAUUCCACUUAGGUUAUUGUACGUACGGCAGGCGAGCGCCCCUUUGAACUUUGUAAAUAUAGUCCACUUCGACAUGCAUUGUAACAAAUACCAGUAAAACGAACAGCUAUUUCAAGCUAAGUUAAUGUGGGUAAAAAAAGUAAUAAUAACAAAAAAAAAAA